AUGAGAAAUCACACAAUGGUGACUGAAUUUAUCCUGCUGGGAAUCCCUGAGUCAGAGGGCCUGGAGACAACCCUUUUAUUCCUCUUCUCAUCGAUAUAUUCGUGCACCCUCUUGGGAAAUGUGCUCAUCCUUACGGCGAUCCUCUCCUCCUCUCGGCUUCACACUCCCAUGUAUUUUUUCUUGGGAAAUCUCUCCAUCUUGGACCUGGGGUUCUCUUCAACAACUGCUCCCAAGAUGCUGUCAUACCUUUCGGGGCAGAGUCAAAGGAUCUCUUUCCAGGGUUGUGCUUCCCAGCUCUUCUUCUACCAUUUCCUGGGCUGCACUGAGUCUUUCCUGUACACGGUGAUGGGCUUGGACCGCUAUGUAGCCAUUUGUCACCCCCUGAGGUACACGGUCAUCAUGAAUCCCAGGGUCUGCUCUGUCUUGGCCUCAGGUACCUGGGUGGGUGGCCUUAUGCAUGCUGUUAUUCUAACUUUUCUCACCUUCCAGUUACCCUACUGUGGGUCUAACGAGGUGGCCUAUUACUUCUGCGAUAUACCUGCAGUGUUACCUCUAGCCUGCGAGGACACAUCUCUAGCCCAGAGGGUAGGUUUUACAAACAUUGGUCUUUUUACUCUCACUUGCUUUUUACUUAUCAUUGUUUCUUACACUUGCAUCGGGGUCUCCAUAUCAAAAAUUCAUUCAGCAGAGGGCAGACAUCGAGCUUUCUCAACCUGUAGCACCCACCUCACUGCAAUUCUCUGUGCUUAUGGACCAAUAAUCAUCAUCUUUCUUCAACCCAAUCCCAGUCUCUUAUUUGGUGCUGCAAUUCAGAUCUUCAAUAAUCUUAUAACCCCCAUGUUGAAUCCGCUCAUCUACAGCCUGAGGAAUAAGGAUGUAAAGUCAGCCCUGAGGAACAUAUUUCCCAAAAGGAGCUUCCCUCUGCAAACUUAA